CGCAGCGGGGGAAAGAGGAUGGCGACCUCGUCGAUGCCGGAGUCGGAGAGGAACGCAGCUGCGAAAACGUCGGAGUGAAGACCCCAGAGUCUGCGCUCCCCGGUCAGGCUGCCCCCCGAGCCUAUGGAGGAGAACGAGGUGGAGAGCAGUAGUGAUGCCGCCCCUGGGCCUGGCCGGCCCGAGGAGCCCUCUGAGAGCGGCUUGGGUGUGGGCACCUCGGAAGCCGUGUCUGCAGACAGCAGUGACGCUGCAGCUGCCCCAGGGCCUGCGGAGGCUGACGACUCUGGUGUAGGGCAAAGCUCUGACCGUGGCAGCAGCUCUCUGGAGGAGGUAUCCGAGAGCAGCUCAAGCACAGACCCCCUACCCCAUGGCUACCUUCCUGAUUCAUCUUCUGUGUCCCGGGGGCCAGUGGCAGGGGUGACAGGCGGUCCCCCAGCUCUGGUACACUCCAGUGCACUCCCAGACCCCAACAUGCUGGUGUCGGACUGUGCUGCUUCUUCCUCGGACUUGGGCUCGGCCAUCGACAAGAUCAUCGAGUCCACCAUUGGGCCUGACCUCAUCCAAAGCUGCAUCACUGUCACCAGUGCUGAGGACGGCGGGGCUGAGACCACCCGGUACCUGAUCCUGCAGGGCCCAGAUGAUGGUGCCCCCAUGGCAUCGCCAAUGUCCAGUUCCACCCUGGCCCACAGCCUGGCAGCCAUUGAGGCCCUGGCCGAUGGCCCCACAUCCACAUCCACAUGCUUGGAGCCACCCGAGGAGGCCCAGGGCGGGCCCAGCUCUCCAGCACAGCCACCCCCAAGCUCUGGCGCGGAGGAGCCUGACCUGCAGAGCCUGGAGGCCAUGAUGGAGGUGGUGGUGGUGCAGCAGUUCAAGUGCAAGAUGUGCCAGUACCGGAGCAGCACCAAGGCCACGCUGUUGCGCCACAUGCGGGAGCGGCACUUCCGGCCAGCGGUGGCUGGCAAGAAAGGACGGGCACGGAAGUGGGGUACCCCCGCCAAGCCCCAGGAGGGGGAGGGGCCAGAGGAGGAAGACGAUGACGACAUCGUGGAUGCCGGUGCCAUCGACGACCUGGAGGAGGACAGCGACUACAACCCCGCGGAGGAUGAGCCCCGGGGCCGGCAGCUCAGGCCCCAGCGCCCGGCCCCCAGUACCCCAAGACUCCGGCGGAGACCUGGACGGCCCCGGAAGCUGCCCUGCCUGGACACCUCGGACCUCCCGGAUGGUGUGGACGGUGAGCCUCUAGUGAGUUCCCAGAGCGGACAGAGCCCUCUGGAGCCACAGGACCCCGAGGCCCCCAGCUCCUCAGGCCCAGGACACCUGGUGGCCAUGGGCAAGUCUGAUUGUGCCACCGUGGAACCCGCUGUGAGCCAGUCGGAUGCAGAGAACACGCUGCCCUCCUGCCCGGAGGAGCCUGACCCCCCCCCUCGCCGCCGCGGUCGACCCUCCAGGCGCUUCCUAGGCAAGAAAUACCGCAAGUACUACUACAAGUCGCCCAAACCGUUGCUCAGGCCCUUCCUGUGCCGCAUCUGUGGCUCCCGCUUCCUGUCCCAUGAGGACCUGCGCUUCCAUGUCAACUCCCAUGAGGCCGGAGACCCCCAGCUCUUCAAGUGCCUGCAGUGCAGCUAUCGCUCCCGCCGCUGGUCCUCCCUUAAGGAGCACAUGUUCAACCACGUGGGCAGUAAGCCCUACAAGUGUGACGAGUGCAGCUACACCAGUGUCUACCGGAAGGACGUCGUCCGGCACGCGGCCGUGCACAGCCGGGACCGGAAGAAAAGGCCAGAUCCGACCCCAAAGCUGAGCUCCUUCCCCUGCCCCGUGUGUGGCCGCGUCUACCCCAUGCAGAAGAGGCUCACGCAGCACAUGAAGACGCAUAGCACGGAGAAGCCGCACAUGUGUGACAAGUGUGGAAAGUCCUUCAAGAAGCGCUACACCUUCAAGAUGCACCUGCUGACACACAUCCAAGCUGUGGCCAAUCGCAGAUUCAAGUGCGAGUUCUGCGAGUUUGUUUGUGAGGACAAGAAGGCCCUGCUGAACCAUCAGCUGUCCCACGUCAGCGACAAGCCCUUCAAGUGCAGCUUUUGUCCCUAUCGCACCUUCCGAGAAGACUUCCUGCUGUCCCACGUGGCUGUCAAGCACACAGGGGCCAAGCCCUUUGCCUGUGAGUACUGCCACUUCAGCACUCGGCACAAGAAGAACCUGCGCCUGCACGUGCGGUGCCGACACGCCAGCAGCUUUGAGGACUGGGCACGGCGCCACCCUGAGGAGCCCCCCUCCCGCCGUCGCCCCUUCUUCUCUUUGCAGCAGAUUGAGGAGCUGAAGCAACAGCACAGUGCAGCUCCUGGACCACCUCCCAGCUCCCCAGGCGCUCCCAAGGUUCCCCCAGAAGCGGCACCUUUCGAGACACCCGAGACCCCACUGCUCUGUUCCGACACCCUGGGGGGUGCCACCAUCAUCUACCGGCAAGGAGCUGAGGAGUCAACUGCAAUGGCCACGCAGACGGCCUUGGACCUGUUGCUGAACAUGAGUGCGCAGCGGGAGCUGGGGGGCGCCGCCCUGCAGGUGGCCGUGGUAAAGUCCGAGGACGUGGGAGCAGAGUUAGCCUCUGCUGGUGGGCAGCCCUCCCCAGCAGGCACCACUCCACAAGUGGUGACCCUCCACGUGGCAGAGCCGGGGGGCAGUGUGGCAGCCGAGAGCCAGCUGGGCCCCUCUGACCUCCAGCAGAUCACCCUGGCACCUGCUCCAUUUGGCGGGACUGGCUACAGCGUCAUCACAGCACCCCCGAUGGAGGAGGGGACUUCAGCUCCUGGCACACCUUACAGUGAGGAGCCCCCAGGGGAGGCAGCCCAGGCAGUGGUGGUGGGCGACACCCUGAAGGAAACCGGCACACACUACAUCAUGGCCGCCGACGGGGCUCAGCUGCACCACAUCGAGCUGACGGCAGAUGGCUCCAUCUCCUUCCCCAGUCCUGAUGCCCUGGCCUCUGGAACCAAGUGGCCCCUGCUGCAAUGUGGGGGGCUGCCCAGAGAGGGCGUUGAGCCCCCAUCUCCGGCCAGGACUCACCGGGUUGGGGAUCCCCAGGGCUCUGCCUCUCCUCCUCCUGCCGCCCACAAGGCCGUGGGCCUGGCAGUGCCCCCCUCACCGCCCUCUGCAGCCACUACGGUGUCCAAGAAGUUUUCCUGCAAGAUCUGCGCCGAGGCCUUCCCCGGACGAGCUGAGAUGGAGAGUCAUAAACGGGCCCACGCCGGGCCUAGUGCCUUCAAAUGCCCCGACUGCCCGUUCAGCGCCCGCCAGUGGCCUGAGGUCCGGGCCCACAUGGCGCAGCACUCCAGCCUGCGGCCCCACCAGUGCAGCCAGUGCAGCUUUGCUUCCAGGAACAAGAAGGACCUGCGGCGCCACGUGCUGACCCACACCAACGAGAAGCCUUUCGCGUGCCACCUCUGUGGGCAGCGCUUCAACCGGAAGGGGCACCUCAAGUUCCAUGUCCAGCGGCUGCACAGUCCCGACGGGAGGAAGACCGCGACCCCUACCACCCGGGCUCCUGUCCGCACCCCCACCCAGACCAUCAUCCUGAACAGUGACGACGACGCACUGGCCACACUGCACACUGCACUCCAGUCCAGUCACGGUGUCCUGGGCCCAGAGCGGCUGCAGCAGGCACUGGGCCAGGAGCACAUCAUUGUGGCCCAGGAGCAGACGGUGGCCAAUCAGGAGGAAGCCACCUACAUUCAAGAGAUCACCACAGCAGACGGCCAGACGGUGCAGCACUUGGUGACCUCAGACAACCAGGUGCAGUACAUCAUCUCCCAGGACGGGGUGCAGCACCUGCUCCCCCAGGAGUACGUCGUGGUACCGGAGGGCCAUCAUAUCCAGGUUCAGGAGGGCCAGAUCACACACAUCCAGUAUGAGCAGGGGGCUCCGUUCCUUCAGGAGUCCCAGAUCCAGUACGUGCCUGUGUCGCCAGGCCAGCAGCUUGUCACCCAGGCCCAGCUAGAGGCGGCAGCACACUCGGCCGUCACAGCGGUGGCUGAUGCUGCCAUGGCCCAGGCCCAGGGCCUGUUUGGCACAGAGGAGGCAGUGCCCGAACACAUCCAACAGCUGCAACACCAGGGCAUCGAGUAUGACGUCAUCACCCUGACCGAUGACUGAGCCCCAAGGGCCCACGACAGACCAUGGAUUAUCGGGGCCAGCCCUGCUUGGGAGGGGAGGGAGGAGGCAGUGGGAGCUGCCUCCCUGUCCCACCUAGGUCUCGACACCGACACCGGACAGCCAGCAUGCUGGCGUCCCAGGGAGCCAGGCCUGUGCCGCUGGGGUUGAGGGAGUCAUGGGCCCCAGCCAGGACAUGCUGGGUGCCCCAGCCUGCAGGCAGGCUUUGGGAGAGAGAUUUAUUUUUGUUUGGAUGGAGCCUCUGUCUCAAUAAAGGGACCAGAGUCCAGCCC